UGAUUGUGGGCGUGCUCAGCUGUUCACUCCAAUUGCUCUUCUUGAACUUCCUUGUUCAACGUGUCGAGCUCUGCUUUGUGGUCAACACUGAAAGCCACUGGUAACUAAAAGGAGGAAACCUUCCUGCCAACAGAUCCUGAGGUUUUUGUUUUUAUCUUCAGGACACUUGAAUAGUAUUUUUCCAUAUUUUGAGUGUCUAGACUAUAAAGAUGUGGAUGUGGAUGGUGAUUUCCCUUAACGUUGUGACUAGUGUCCAUGGGUAUGCGAGUCGUCCCUUCCCAGAGGCGUGUAGGUCAAUGCAACCUCAGCAUAUGAGAAACAAUGUGCUUAUUGAAGCCCAGAGCGGUGACCCACCAUUUGAGACCGAUUAUGAACUUGGCAAAGAGGGGGAGCCGAUCAGAGUAACUCUCAGGAGCAAGGAUUCUAACACCUUCAUGGGAUUUAUGCUGGAGGCUCGAGAGCAAGGCCGCGCGGAUGAAGUUCCUCCUGUUGGAAGGUUCAUCUUACUUGAUCCUGAAAACACUCAGCUCCUUGAAUGUGAAGGGUCACCAGGAUCAGCUGUUAUACAAAACAACAAUCAUGACAAAUCAGAGAUCAAAGUUAAUUGGACCUCACAAGGAGAUACGCGAAACAUCGCCUUCAGAACCACAUUUCUUCAAAACUUCAGAAAAUUCUGGAAACCAGUGGACAAGAAUGUCAUGCCACCGACCACACCCACUUCAGAACCAAGUAGUACAUCAGCACUACCGACCACAACUAUUACAGCAAGUACUUCAGAACCAAGUAGUACAUCAGCACCACCGACCACGACUACUACAACAACUACUUCAGAAUCAAGUAGUACAUCAAUUACUUCAGAACCAAGUAGUACGUCAGCACCACCAACCACAACUACUACAACAAGUACUUCAGAACCAAGUAGUACAUCAAUUACUUCAGAACCAAGUAGUACGUCAGCACCACCGACCACGACUACUACAGCAAGUACUUCAGAACCAAGUAGUACAUCAGCACCACUGACCACAACUACUAUAGCAAGUACUUCAGAACCAAGUAGUACGUCAGCACCACCAACCACAACUACUACAGCAAGAACUUCAGAACCAAGUAGUACGUCAGCACCACCAACCACAACUAGUACAACAACUACUUCAGAACCAAGUAGUACAUCAGCACCACUGACCACAACUACUAUAGCAAGUACUUCAGAACCAAGUAGUACAUCAGCACCACUGACCACAACUACUACAGCAAGUACUUCAGAACCAAGUAGUACGUCAGCACCACCAACCACAACUACUACAGCAAGUGCUUCAGAACCAAGUAGUACAUCAAUUACCUCCGAACCAUGUAAUACAUCAUUUACUUCAGAACCAAGUACUACAGCAUGUACUACAAAUCCAAGUAGUACAUUAAGUACCUCAGAACUAGGUAUCUCAGUGAAUAACCUUCAACACUCCAAGGACAUGAUUGCAGCAGCUAUGACAACCAUGACCUUUGACAGUCUUGGUGUGGUGCUAGGCAUGGAACUGUGCAACCUUUUUAGCAUCAUCACCAGCCUUCACCAUGGACUAAACAAGGGGAUAAAGAUAACAUGCACUGUGUUUUGUGGAGCAGCUGAAAUAUCAGCCUUGGUUUUGUGUUGUAUGGGAGAUCUUAAUAAAGCCGUACUCAUUCCUCUUGUGGUUGCGACAAUAGUGAUUAAUUUUAUAGAGCUGAUAAUAGAAUCUCUGCCACUUGGAUCCAAGCAGCAGAGCCAGGCUGACAUUGCUGCCAAAGCGUGUUCUGUCAUCCAUGAACUUCUUACAAUUGCAGUCAUGUUUGUUACUGUUUGGGAGACUGAUCACUGCAGAAAGAACCAGAAUGAGUCGUGGCUUGUGACAGUGGUGGCCGUUUACGCAGCGUGGAUGUUCCUGUUCGUGAUUUGGGUUUUUGUGUUACAUCAAACCAAACUGUGGAGAAAAGUGAACUCUACAGUGAAUCCUGAGAAGCAAUUCGCCAUAAAGAUGAAGUUCUGUAAAGCUGACAAAGCUUUUUCAGUGAUCCUCAUCGUUGGAACCGUAGCUUUUAAUGUAGCUAUCAUUUAUGGGAUAUUUGGGUGUCCGAAAUUAUCCUGAUUGCAGGGAGGGAGAGUGAUUGCAGGGUUUACUGAGGGAGAGAGAGGGCGUGGUCCAGAGCAGAAACGUGGUGAGGAGACAGAAUGACUGGCAGAGCCAGCCCAGCGAUCAUGACACCUGAUGCAUGAAGACUUGCGCAAGUUUAUUUGCUUCAUGCUGUAUAUUUUGUCUAUAUUGUAUUACGCAUUUCAGAUAUUUAUUACUCAAUUUCAUUUUGU